UCGCCCGCGACACAACACCCGUCGUUGACGAACAGGCCAUCCUCGCCAGCCUCUCAGAUAAGCUCAAAGUGCAAUUCCCCACCGCCCACUAGUCACUGCUAAUGUCCUGCAAGCUCGUGUUCGCAGAGUCGUUCCUCUAUCAGCUUGCUAUAAACCUUGUCAAGGUCACAAUAAUAACCCAGUACCUGCGAGUCUUUGCCCAGGUUCCCUACGUCAGAUUCUCAUGCUAUGCACUCUUUGCCGUUGUCCUCGGCGCAACUACAUGGGGUGUUUUCGGUACUAUUUUUCUCUGUAACCCCAUCAGGACAUACUGGGACGUGACGGUUGAGGGACGAUGUAUGAACACGGAGCGUCAUUUCUGGAGCACGAGUGUAAUGGGUAUCAUCAUUGAUUGGGCGCUGUGGUUAUUGCCUAUGCCGGUUGUAGGGAAGUUGAGAUUACCGGUGCAUCAGAAACGGGGCCUUUGGGUGGUAUUCGGGCUCGGGGGGUUUGUGUGCGCUGUCGGUAUCCUGAGGUUAACGCUCGUCGAGAAAGCCCUUCACGAGGGCAUGAUAAUUCAGUCCGGUACAUAUGCAGUGGUGUGGUCCACGAUUGAACUCAACGUGGCCAUCGCAUGCGCGUCGCUGGUCGUUAUGAGGCCGUUAUUGACCCGUUGGAUGCCUCCUUCGGUGUCAAAGCAGCGUGUAUCGGCUAGCGACGACAGGAGAGAUCUGAAGUAGUUGACAAACCUGUGAUUAUAGAGCUAUCAGGCUGGCGAAUUACUGUGGCCGUGGGAAGAGGGGAGCGAAGUACACGCAAGGAUCGACGCAUGCAGAAUUUCGAUUCUCAAAACGAGUACGGUAGAUGUAUAGGUAAUUAGCAACGACACCAUGCAGCGAUUAUUCGCCUACACUGUGACUAGAGGUCUC